CCUCCUCCCUCCUCCCCUCAAACCCCCGGUUCGGCUUCCCUCCUCUCCGGCGGCCUGUGACAUCGCUCCCUCCCUGCCCCGCGGUCUCCAUGUUAGAGGGCGAGGAGCGGCGUCCGAAACGUCCAGUCUUUCGCGUCCGGAGCCCUCGGGGCCUGGAAGCUGUGCGGCGGUGGCGGCGGCGGCCGGUGAGCGCUGGCCGCUGAAGCCGGGCCUUGUUAUUGAGGCUGUGGCAAAGUGAGUUACCGGGACGGUAGAGCUCGGCGAUCGGCGGCGCCGGGAAGCAAAUGCACUUGAAUAUCUCCUAAAUCUCUUUGCACAUUAUCUAGAUGUUGGAAAAAUGUGGACGGAUCUAAAGGAUAUUCGGCUUUACUAGGCGUGUAGACGCUGCUGGAUGUCACUAGGUACGAGAUAACUACAAUCCGCCGGGCCCCGACUUCAGUUGCCAGCCCAUUGCCUGUGAACAUUUCGCCACUCAUGUUCUGUGGAACCGAGUCUUCUACAAUUAUUUGGGCAACGGUGUUAAAUUGAAACUAGGAGGAAAAGAAAACAAAAUGUCUACUCGAACGCCAUUACCAACAGUGAAUGAACGCGAAACAGAGCAUCACACUUCUCAUAUGGAUAGCCGCUCAGAAGUUUCAUCUCGGUCAACCCGCUCGGUGGGAGCUCGAUGCCGGAAUUCAAUUACGUCCUGCGCUGAUGAGCAGCCGCACAUAGGAAACUAUAGGCUUCUAAAAACCAUCGGCAAAGGAAAUUUCGCCAAGGUGAAGCUGGCUAGACAUAUCCUCACUGGAAGAGAGGUUGCAAUAAAAAUUAUCGACAAAACACAGCUGAACCCCACCAGUUUGCAAAAGCUUUUCAGGGAAGUAAGAAUAAUGAAAUGUUUGAACCAUCCAAAUAUAGUGAAAUUAUUUGAAGUUAUUGAAACAGAGAAGACACUCUAUUUAGUGAUGGAAUAUGCAAGUGGAGGAGAGGUGUUUGAUUACUUGGUUGCUCAUGGAAGAAUGAAGGAAAAGGAGGCGAGAGCUAAAUUCAGGCAGAUAGUGUCUGCAGUGCAGUACUGUCAUCAAAAGCAAAUUGUACACCGAGAUCUUAAGGCUGAAAAUCUACUGCUUGAUGCAGAUAUGAACAUUAAAAUAGCAGAUUUUGGCUUCAGCAAUGAGUUUACAGUUGGCAAUAAACUGGACACAUUCUGUGGGAGUCCACCAUAUGCUGCUCCAGAACUCUUCCAAGGGAAGAAAUAUGAUGGGCCUGAAGUAGAUGUUUGGAGUUUAGGUGUUAUACUUUACACAUUAGUCAGUGGUUCAUUGCCAUUUGAUGGGCAGAACUUGAAGGAACUAAGGGAAAGGGUGCUCAGAGGGAAAUACCGGAUUCCUUUUUACAUGUCUACAGACUGUGAAAACCUCCUUAAACGUUUUCUGGUGCUCAAUCCUUCUAAAAGAGGCACACUAGAGCAAAUCAUGAAGGAUCGAUGGAUUAACGCAGGUCAUGAUGACGAUGAGCUUAGACCUUUUGUAGAACCAGAUUUGGAUAUCGCAGAUUCCAAGAGAAUAGAUAUAAUGGUUGGAAUGGGUUAUAGCCGAGAGGAAAUCCAGGAAUCCCUUGCCAAAAUGAAAUAUGAUGAUAUAACUGCAACAUACUUGUUGCUGGGUCGAAAGUCCAAUGAGUUGGAAGUCAGUGAUUCAAGCUCCAGCAGUAACCUUUCCUUAGCUAAGAUCAGGCCAAGCAGUGACCUCAAUAAUAGUACUGGACAAUCUCCUUCUCAUCAUAAGGUCCAAAGAAGUAUAUCAGCCAAUCAAAAGCAACGACGAUACAGUGAUCAUGCUGGACCCUCGAUUCCACCAGUGGUAUCCUAUCCAAAAAGAAGUCAAACUAGCACUGCAGAUAGUGACUUAAAGGAGGAAGUUCAGUCAAGGAAAUCUAGCACCACUGCUGUUGGAGGAAGAGGAAUUACUCCUUCCAGCCCUAAAUUGGGAAGUGCUAACAACCCUAACAAAGCAGAGAUUCCUGAUCGCAAAAAGAGUUCUGUUGUGACUAGUAAUAACACGGUGUCUGGAGGAAUGACCCGACGGAAUACAUAUGUAUGCAGUGAAAGAACAAACGUUGAUAGGCACUCAGUAUUACAGAAUGGAAAGGAAAAUAGCCUGACAGAAAUGUCUGCUUGUGCGACUAGUUCUGCGUCUGCAUAUGCAUCUCCUCCUGCAUCUACAUCCGCUUCUACUACAUCUUCCACUUCUGCCCGAUUGCGACAUCAGAAGUCAAUGUCCAUGUCAGGCUCAGGGUAUGCUACCAAGAUGAUGCCUGCAAUAGACAAUGAAGCAGAUAACUUCCAGCCUAACACUGCACCAGGUCAAAGGACACCUGUGACCUCCACCCACAGUAUCAGCAGCGCCACCACUCCCGACCGCAUGCGUUUCCCCAGAGGAACUGCCAGUCGUAGCACUUUCCAUGGUGGUCAGCUCAGAGAACGACGAAAUGCUACAUACAAUGGACCACCUGCAUCACCCACACUGUCUCAUGAUGCCACUCCUCUAUCACAGACACGAAGCAGAGGUUCCACAAAUCUCUUUAGUAAAUUAACCUCAAAACUCACACGAAGAAACAUGUCUUUCAGGUUUUCCAAAAGGGUCCCAACUGAACCUGAGAGAAACGGCAGAUUUGAGGGCUCAAGUCGCAAUGUAUCUGGGGAUCAAAAAGACGAAAUCAAAGAAGCAAAGCCCCGUUCACUCCGAUUUACCUGGAGUAUGAAAACGACCAGCUCCAUGGAUCCCAAUGACAUGAUGAGGGAGAUCCGAAAGGUUCUUGAUGCAAACAAUUGUGAUUAUGAACAGCGCGAGCGUUUCUUGCUCUUCUGUGUCCAUGGCGAUGGGCAUGCAGAAAACCUUGUCCAGUGGGAGAUGGAGGUCUGCAAACUGCCAAGACUGUCACUUAAUGGAGUUCGUUUUAAGCGAAUAUCAGGAACAUCCAUAGCUUUCAAAAACAUUGCUUCCAAAAUUGCCAAUGAAUUAAGGCUGUAAAAUAUGGUUAAGCUAUAGUUUCUUAAGCAGCAUUUCAUGAGUGUUUUUUUCUGAACACUGGUGGAAAUUUAUUGAAGAAAAUGUAUAGGAUAAUGCUUAUGCAAUAACUUCUCGCAAUUUCAGAUCAUGGCAUUGUAAAACAAUGGAAAUUCACAAGCUGCUGAGGGGGUGGGGAAGUUGAUCAAAGACUAGAUUUUCUUUUUUUAAAAGUGCACUACAGCCAGUAUCCUACUACCUGAACAGCUUGCCCCUUCAUCUGAGUUACUUCAAACAUUUGUAAUUGGCUCAGAGUCAGUUACUUGUGAAACAAACUGAAAAUUGUUUAUCCUAUGUAAGUAUGAUCCCUGUAUUUAAAAAAAACUGUUCCAAAAAAACCCUUCUGAUUAAAAUGCUGUUAAAUGGGAGACAUGGGGAUGCUCCUGUGCUUUCAAACCUGUAUAUCUUCCACUGUUAGUACUGAUUCAGGUGCUUAGCUUUUCAAAGACAAUGAAUUGUAAGAAACAAAUAAACUCAUUUUCCAUCAGUUGUGAUUAAUGGCCUUCAGACAGUGGAAGGUGUGUAACUAUGGGCUAAUUGUUUCUGUAAAACAUAUUAUAAAACAAGAAAUUCUACUAAUGGAAGAAAAUUUUCAGCUGUAUUUAGGCCUGUGAUUAUAAAAAUUACCUGUGUUAAGCCAAGGGUGCUGUGAUUUGGAAAUGAUUUAAGUACUGUAGAUCACAGAUGCUAAACCACACUUAGGAUUUCUCUAUUGUAGAAAAUAUCACCAUCUAAGACUGUUCCUUAAUCAAUUAGGGCAUAAAACUAUAUGUUUAUUGUUUUGGUUUCUUUACAGUAAAGCUUAGAUUGGAAACAGUUUUGUUCGGCCGUACUUUAUUUAGCUGUAAUUAUUGUUAAUACAGAAUACAGUCUGUCCUGCACACAUACUAGCUGAGUAAAAAUGUUUGAGUCUGUAAUUUAACAAUUGGGCACUAUGGGACAUUAUUCAUUUAAGUAUGCGGUUUUUAUGUUUUUUUUUCAAACUAUCAGUACUGUCCUUUGGAAUGUAAAUAAUGUAACUUAGUUUUGCGGACAGCAUCAUACUGUUAUACAGUUUGUUUUUUCAUUUUUUUAAUGUUCUGUAAUGAGCCAGGAGUUACAAAAUCAAUGUAAGUUGUCAACAUUUAAGGUUCACAACUCUUCAUUAAAGGAAAAGAAACUAAAAUGUA